UUUUUUGGGACAAGCUGUCAUAUGUUUUGGCCACUUUCAACACUAAGUCUCUGUGCCCAUGUCAGUUGUCAGGUGGAAAUAAAAGUUGUUGCCACUCGACUUGGUUGGAAACACACCCCGUCGAAAGUCGGUAGCCGUAACCACCACCAUGAGCGCCAGCGAGGGCGUCAGUCUCCCGGGCAACGAGGACACCACUCCGCCGCAUGAAAAACAUAAACAAAGAGCCAAAAAAGCCAAAAAGAAGUUCCGGAGUGCCAAAGAAAGUGUUCCGAAUGCCAUGGACGCGAAAGCCACCGCCAGCUACUUCAGUUUGAGCAUCGUGGGCCAAAUAGUGUCGGCCACCUUUCCCCUGGGUCCCGACAAGGAGUUCGUCUUCCUGCGCUACGAACUGGUCGCUGGCCCCGACUGGCAGCUGUCCUCCGGACCCCAGCACGGACUCACCCAACUGGCCACCAACAGAAGGGGCCACUUCAACGAGCCGAUUGUCUUCAACAUGCCCAUCGAGGUGACCUACAAGAGCACCAGUCCCUAUGGCUGGCCCCAGAUCCUGGUAAGCGUGUUCGGGCGCAGUGGCCUGGGAAGGGAAACACUGCUCGGCUACGCCCACAUCCACCUGCCCGUCUUUGGCAGCCGUCGGCCAGCGGAUCAGACGGAGCAGCUGCAGGCCCCCAUCCUGAUGCCCAAGUGCCCCAGCAUGAUGGCGGACAUCACCAGUUGGCUGUUGCGGCGGGAGCCGGAGCUGAAGGACCCCAAGGUGCUGCUGGACAGCCUGAAGUGCAAGGGACUCUCCAUGGAGUCCUACGGCAGCCUGCAGUUCCAGCUGUCCACCGUGAUGAGGGGCGCCCGCAAGCUGGGCUACCAUUGGCAUUCCUGAGGAGGAGAGCCCGGAUU